GUCUCCUGGCUGUGGAAGCAGGUUCUAGCUCAGUCUUCUCCACCAUGGGCUUCAGACUCAGACUGACAUCCUCCGGCCCCGGGACCAGCCCACUUCAUAAUCUACAGGCAUUGUCGCUGCUGGUCCUGCUCCUCACUGCCCUGGUUCCCACGACAGUUGGACAAUCAAUUGAUGUGGACCCGUAUAUUGAAUUGCGCUGUCAAUGUACGAAAACAAUCUCUGGAAUCCCACUGAAUAGAAUUUCCUUGGUGAACGUGUUCAGGCCAGGAGUCCACUGUGCCAACGUGGAAGUGAUAGCCACACUGAAAAGUGGAGGAAAAGUCUGCCUGGACCCCAAUGCCUCUGCUAUCAAGAAAAUAGUUAUGAAGAUAUUGGAAGGUUAUUGACCAGCCAACUGUGGACUUUCUGCUAAACCAUUUUACUUUGCAGGAAGGGUCGGGUUUUGAAAUCUGAAUGUUCUAGAAUCAUUUUCCACCUUAAAAUUGGGAUAUACUUUCAUUUUGUCUCAGAACUCGCCUUGUGUUCUGAGAAGGUAUAUUAAAGGCUGUUGCAAAGAAGAUGAAAGUGAGCUGAGUUGGAACUUGCAGUUGAUGGGUUAUUUCUGCAAUUCUUGGCUAGACAUUGCACUGUGUUUUGCAUUUCUUUCAUUGAAGUUUUCUUUCCAAGUGCAUUAUGUCAAGUUUUAUUUCUGUAUUUUUUGAAUUAUUUCUUUUAGGUUUGAGUUUAUAGGUUGAUCACUUUUCCCUUCCCUUUCCCCCUCCAAAACCCUUUUAUGUACCUUUCCUGUUCUUUUUCAUACUUACGCCUCUUUUUUCAUUAACUGCUGUUAUACACAUAUAUGUAUAUGCAUAUUUAUUGAAAGACUUAACAACAAUCAAUAAUAAUAGGAACUGCCUGGAUCCAAGCAGAGCAUACUUGUUCAGUGGAUACUUGUUUGCAAGAGUUUUGCCAUUGUCUUAGCCCAAGAAUGCCUUGUUUCCAAGCAACCUCUGCAAUGUUCUCUAGUGUUUGUUUUAACCUUCAAA